CGUCAAUCUCCCCUAUUUGGCCAUAUUUUACUCUUCUGUGUACAUUGCGUCAUAUACAACAUUCUGGAACAAGAUGUCGACUCCUGAUAUUGAACGAUUAGAUCUAUCUGACUCUGACAAUGAAGAUCUCUUCGCAUCACCUUCGAAAGCAUCCAACCCAAGCCAGAAAGCCCCCACCAAGCCAUCAGAAAACAGUAAUGCUCCCCCGCAGCGCAAUGGUGAAUCGAAGUAUGAUGCCGAGGCCGCGCGAGAAGCUUCCUUAAAGAAGGAACUGGAAAGCGUAAGGAGUAUCAAUGAGGUCAUCGAAGGAGUGGUAUCUAGUCUUGAAUGCGCGCAGGGGAAUAUGGAUACAGUCUCACGAACAGUCACCUCUGCUUCCACACUUCUGAAUACGUGGAUUCGAAUACUCUCGCAAACAGAGCACAAUCAGCGACUGAUAUUAAAUCCUAACUGGCAAGGUGCAAGUCAAGAUGUGGCAGAUAUGGAGAAUGAGAUGGUCCUGAAGGCGCAGGCGGCUGAGAGGAGGGCAGCUGAAGAGGAGAGGCGGCGAGAAGAUGCUCGACGGAGAGCAGAAGAUGAAGAGAGACAACGCCAGGCAGGCACUACUGUUCGUGGAGCAAGAGGAACGAGGGCUAGAGGUAGAGGAGUUGGCAGAGGAAGCAGUGUCAGUGGCACAGGUUAUGUUGCUGGUGGUUCCAGCUCAGGAACAGGUCGAGGCACGUCACAAAUUAGUCGGACGGGUACGGGCAUUGGGCGAGGGCUUGGGAGUACGAGAGGAAGGGCUAGAGGUGUCAGAUAAUCGAGAUGUGUCAAAUCCGUGGCUACAAAUAUCGACAUACCUGAAGGUACAUCAGAACCAAUAUCCUGGCGUCCUUUAAGGCCUCUAACACUUCGCAUCCCGCCAAUUUCUGGCAUUUCAGGAGAGAUAGCCUUGCAACUCAAUACAGCAAGCCAUUGUCUGAGAAGGAUACAAAAAGAGGAGGAGCAGGAUAGCCAAACCCUGUAUCGAACUGCAGGCAAGAAUCAAGCCAACGCAGAUAACGCUUUAAUGUAACUGCAAGUGGUUAUCAUCUUCUACAUCGCAAACUCGUAUGCGAUGCAUAUGAUGCGCAUAUGUUCACUUCUUGCUUAUUUUGCUUGAUUGUUACAGAGCUAUUUUCGGCAUGACUGCUACAAAGCUCGAUAAAUGAUUCAAUUUCUUCCUAGCG